AUAUCAUGAGUUUAAUUUAUUACCCAUUUACCUCUACUUAAUAUAUUAUUAUUCUGAUAUUGUUAUAAUUUACAUAUACUCUGAAAUUUGAACGCACUCUGGUGCAUCCUGUACAGGUGCAGAUCUACAGUAUCAUGUACUGUUAAGUGUAGUUUAGUAAAAUAUGAUAUUAAAAAUUAAUUGUGUUAAUUGUUGAUCACGUUUGGGAUAUAGAAUUCGAAAUUGUAUAUAAUUUCAAGAAAUCAUAAUUUUUUUGUUAUACAUCGAUGUUUCGAAAAACCGUUACGAUCGCACAUGUUUUUGACAGUUUUGUGGUCUUUUCAGACCCGUUAUUAUAAAAUGCAUUACUCGUUCGUAUAUUACGAAGAGCGGUUAGGUCCAGUCUUUAUAGGUUAAAUAUGAAUUCUCUAAAAUAACUGCAUUACUUUGAAAUAAGUAAAUAUGAAUAACGUUGCGACUGCAGAGUGCUUGACCCUUGAUUUUGGACCUUUUGAGACUGUCCAUCGGUGGCAACGAAUGCCGGAAUGUGACGAAUUCGUUGGCGCCAGGCGUAGCAAACACACUGUUGUAGCAUACAAAGAUGCAAUAUAUGUUUUCGGAGGUGAUAAUGGUAAAAGAAUGUUGAAUGAUUUGUUACGAUUUGAUGUGAAAGAGAAAUCCUGGGGACGUGCAUUGGCUGCAGGAGCUCCUCCUGCUCCACGUUAUCAUCAUUCAGCAGUUGUGCAUGAUUCUUCUAUGUUUGUAUUUGGUGGUUACACUGGGGACAUACAUUCCAAUUCAAAUCUUACCAAUAAGAAUGACUUGUUCGAAUAUCGAUUCCAAACUUGCCAAUGGACAGAAUGGAAAUUUAUUGGGAAAACACCUGUAGCUAGAUCUGCCCAUGGAGCUGCUAUAUAUGACAAUAAAUUAUGGAUAUUUGCUGGCUAUGAUGGAAAUGCAAGAUUAAAUGAUAUGUGGACUAUAUCAUUAUUGCCUGGAGAGCCAAGAGUAUGGGAAGAAGUUGUUCAAUCAGGCGAUUGUCCACCUACAUGUUGCAAUUUCCCUGUUGCAGUAGCUCGAGAAUCUAUGUUUGUUUUUAGCGGCCAGAGUGGAGCCAAAAUCACUAACAGUCUCUUCCAAUUCCAUUUCCGAGAAAAACGGUGGACUCGUAUUUCAACGGAACAUAUUCUUCGCGGUGCACCACCACCACCCGCACGACGCUAUGGUCAUACCAUGGUCAGUUUCGAUAGGCAUCUUUAUGUAUUUGGUGGUGCAGCUGAUUCCACAUUGCCAAAUGAUCUUCAUUGUUACGACCUCGAUACGCAAACGUGGAACAUUAUUCUUCCAUCUGCUGAUAGUCAGGUUCCGUCUGGUCGUUUGUUCCAUGCUGCAGCGGUGAUAGGGGAAGCAAUGUUCAUAUUCGGUGGAACAGUUGAUAACAAUGUCCGAUCAGGUGAAACAUAUAGAUUCCAAUUUUCCUCUUACCCAAAGUGUACGUUACACGAUGAUUUUGGGAGAUUAUUGAGUGGACGUCUCUUCUGCGAUGUCGAAUUUGUCGUGGGAGAAAUGGAGACAAAGAUACCUGCUCACAUAGCCAUGGUAGCAGCCCGAUCACAGUUUCUCAGGACUCGAAUCAGACAAGCGCGAGAGAAGAGAGAUAAGCACUUAGAAGAUGUGUUUGGAACCACAGAUGUGCCUAUUAAGGAUUUGCCCUUAUUGGAGGUGAGGUUGAAAGAUGCAGUGCCAGAAGCAUUCGAGAUGGUUCUGAACUACAUAUAUACCGACCGUAUUGACCCAACAAAGAGGAGCGAAGAUGGAUCGAGUAAUCGCGUCGAAGAUCCACUGAGCAAUCGGAUUGUACUCCUUAUGAUGGACGUCUAUCGUUUGGCGGUACAAUUUAAUAUGGAACGACUGGAACAAUUAUGUGUUUACUAUCUGAAGGCAACUAUAAGUCACGCGAAUGUCCUGGAAGCGUUGCACAACGCUGCUCACUUGAAAUUGUAUUUUAUAAAGGAGUUUUGUCUAAGUUUCGUCGUUAAAGAGAGUAAUUACAAUCAGAUUGUUAUGAGUCAGGAGUUUGAGACAUUGGAUCAGCCAUUAAUGGUGGAAAUCAUUAGACGGAGACAGAUGCCACAGUCAAGGAACUUUUGUAAGCAGGAUGAUCUUGGCACAGGCACAACAUUGGAACAAGAUAUGAAGGCAUUUUUGAAGAGUGUUGGCUCAGAAUUCUGUGAUAUAACGUUAAUGUUAGAUGGUAUGCCCAUUCCUGCCCAUAAGGCAAUCCUUGCAGCACGGUGUAGUUACUUUGAAAGUAUGUUUCGUUCCUUCAUGCCAGAAAAUAAUAUGGUGAAUAUACAAAUAGGCGAAAUGAUUCCUUCUCCUGAAUCUUUUGAUUCUCUGUUGAGAUAUAUCUAUUACGCAGAUGUAUCUAUGCCACCUGAAGACUCUUUAUACUUAUUUACUGCACCUAUUUUCUAUGGUUUUACAAAUAAUCGGCUGCAAGCCUUUUGCAAACAAAAUCUUGAAAUGAACAUCAGUUUUGAGAAUGUUAUUCAGAUCUUGGAAGCUGCUGAUAGGAUGCAGGCCAUUGACAUGAAGAAAUACGCAUUGGACCUCAUAGUACGCCAUUUUACUGAGGUUGCAAGGUUACCGAAAUUGCGACAAUUAAGCAAAGAACUUUUGUUGGAUAUUAUCGAAGCCUUGGCUGACGAACGUAGCGAAGCACGAACCUGUCAGGACAUGGCUAAUGAUUGCUGACAGUUCCCUGCCUCGCAACGUCUUCCACUUUAUUUCGACUUGUCUUUGCCUUCUAGUUUCCAAGUAAGUAUUCAGUACAGUAUCUUAACAACAUUUAAUAUCUUUUACCUUCUGGGACACGGGUACAUGGUAGACGAAUGUUUGAAGAGUUUGAAACAACAGGCGCGCAUGUGAACCGGUGAAUAACCUGCAUUAUCCUGUACUAACCUUACCUCCCCCACAUUCGACUCCGGGGAUUCCCCAUGAUCGAGGAAUCGACCGAUAUAUACAUAAUUCGAUAAAACAAAUAAGUCAUCGAUAGCGUUUAAUUUUAGGCUUCUAAUAGAGGAUUUAAUUGCAGUAUAAUUAGAAAUAAUAUUUAUAUAUAAAGAUACAGAAAAUUCUUUAUGUAAUAUAUAUAAUCUUAAUCGUAAGGUGCAAGGUAUUAAUAAAAUAGGCUGUAAAACAUUAUCAAACCAACUUUCACUGUAGCGAUUCUCAAUGAUUUAGGAUCGGUGGGAAAUGAGCGGGUACUGAAAUUGAACAACCGAUUAAUAAAUUAUGUACUAUAUUUUGAACUUGACGCACAAUCGAUAUUUUUUUCUUUUACGAUAGAUAACACUUUUAAGCUUAAUGCAGGCUGCGCAAAUUCAAGGGGGGAAGUGGGGGCAAGGGUUGAAAGAAACUUUACAUGGGGAGCUCGUAUAAAAUCAUUGCUCUUGUUUCACGUCUACGUAUUGUUGUCUCUAGUUGGGUGAAUACUCGUCGACGGCCCAACUCCUUCGGUUCAGUCUCUUCAACAAAAGUAUUGCGAAAUCGAAUUUGUACUUAAAGUAAACGCGUUCCUCUCCCGAUGCUUCUCUCGUGUCCUCCCACGCUCGGUACGGUUUAAUCGAAGCUUUUGUUUGUACGAGGGAUUUAGCGCGCAACUGUCUUCUCUACGAGAAAAAGUGUGAAUUCCCUAAGUACGUGUGUCCUCUCUUCUAAACGAUCGAUGCUUUAUUUUAUUUAUUUAUUUAUUUUUUUGUUAAAUCACGAACUCGGUUUGUUGUGUUGAAUAAUUUUUUUUCCCUUCGUUUUUCAAUGUCUUUUUUUCUUCUUGUUUAGUUUUUAAGUUUAAAAUCUUCGCUAGAGGCGUCUUGAACUCCAACUAUUAAUUAGUCAUCUAAACUUAAAUCACGAUACAUAGUAGUUACGCUAGGUAGGCCUUUUCCUUGUUCUCCUCGUCGACUUAGAACUCUAAAUGAACUAGGGUAAUAUUUAAACGCGCGCGGUCCGAGCCGCCGCGUCGGUUAAUUACAAAAUGAGAUCUAGAUGUUACACGACUAAUCAAAUAAGUUACUAUGAUACGGUCGUGGUACAAACUUCACGUUGAUUUCGAAUGGCCCCAAUCUGGAAGAAGAAGAGAAACGAGGAUCAUCGUAGAUGGGAAUCGAUUCGCGGCCAGCGGGAUAGAUACACUGUUUACUCACCGAUUGUAAAAUUGCUCGAUUCUUAUCGUAGGCACAGGGAGUACGAGACGUUUCGCUUACUCAAUUUUAUUUAUAUUUCCCCUUCCGUUUUCCGAGCCUGCAUGAAAGUGUGUGCAGCACUUGCAUACAGGCAACAGAAUGCAACCAUUCACGUUUCGAAACACGACGUAUCACGUACACCCUUAUCAAACGGCUGAUGGUCCGUAGCAAUUUACCUUUUCGGGGACACCAAACACCGAGACAUUUCAUGCGACAUGCAGGACGUUGCACGGGAAUUAAUAUCACCCGAAGGAUCCGAUUUACGGAAACCGUUAUCAAUCAGAUCACGUCGGACGCACACUGAAUUCGACCGGCAACUAUCGAGGUCUGACUCGAGGAGACUGAUCGUAAAGAACUACCGGCAUUAAUUUCGAAAUAGAGGAUAGACUUUGAUCUCGGAUCAAAGCUUUUUAACCUUUUCCUCCGCGAUGCUGCUCGCCGAUGGCAUCCUGUGCGAAGGUUCCAGCCUUCUACGCCUCUCGUCAAUGGCCUCCGUGUCCAGGUUCAUCGUAGGUGGCAACGUUUGUGUCACAGACGAGCUUAUGUGUCUCGUUUUAACGAGAGGCGGGUUUCGCGACUGCGGAAUCGCGAACGCUCUUCUUAGUGCCCCCCUCGGGGGCGACGGCGGCGGAUACGAGAUACCUGAUGGUACAUUUUACGUUGCUGCUUGCUGAGGUAGCGACACAGCAGCGGUAUCGUACGUUCUAUGAAUGGGCUGAAAUCACACCGAAUCUACGCUACAGAAUGGGUACCGAUCCCAGGUACUAAGGAUGCGAUGUUGCAUCAGUGAUCGAUUGAUUAUACAUAUGUACGUUUAACAGUUUUGCAUUGUAAAAUAAUUUAUUGAACGUUAAUAUAAGAUUG